AUGACAGCUCAAAUCUUGGCGGCUGAAUUAGGCAACCUCAUACAGGAUGCAAAGCGCAAGAACACAGAACUACGAAAUGCUGCAGAAACAGCUUUGAAAGACUUGAAGUCUCUUUCUAAUACUUCCGAGGCUCAACUUUCGGCGGGUCAUGAUAUUCAGUUAAAGAUACUGCAAGCGUUGCCUUCACUGGUGCAGAACUACCCCGCGGAAAUACGGAGCGAGUCACUAUCUGCUGUUCUGCAAAUCUGUUCAAGUCUUCAGAAUGCGAAGAAUUUCGCCGUCAGCAACACGGCUGCAGCUACAUUGCAACAACUAGUCAUUGUUGUAUUCGACAGGGUUGCAUCAGAAGAUGAGAAGUCCCUAGAGAUCCCUACAGUGACAGAGGUGAAAGGCGACGAUGGCCAAGUAUCCGUCAGGCCGGCAGCGAACGAUGCCUACAAGAUGUUUACUGAUCUUAUUGCACUCGUCGUAGGAGAGAAACCCAUCUUCAUGCGAUUCGCUUCUCUGCCGCCAACCUCAACCCUGGAACUAAUCGAGGCCAUCUUAUCAAAUCACAAUAAGAUCAUGACGACCCAUCUUGAGCAGAUUCACAUCAUGCGAUCCCAGCUGAUGCCGCUGAUAAUUCGCUCGCUAUCUGACCGUCUGUCCUUCGCAGUGACUGUUCGUAUCAUCCGGAUACUACAUCUCAUCAUCCGAUAUCACCUUGACACGCUUCCAUCCGAAUGCGAGAUUGCGCUUGGUCUUCUGAACCACAUGCUCGAUCCCGAGGCUUCUCAGGCAUGGAAAAGAGCUCUUUGCCUCGAAGUGUUCCGCAGCAUCUACGCUGAUUCUAGACUUCUUCUAGCAAUAUAUGCGCUCUUCGAUGCGGAAAACGGAAAAAAGAACAUAUUCGGAGACAAUCUAGCUGCUUUCGUUCGUCUUGCGACCGAGAAACCAGCAAUCAUUGGCUUAGGCCAACACUCGACAGCUGCCGCUGGCUUUGAGGACAGUAGUGCCGCGGUGUCAGACCAAGCUGUUGCAGAAGCGGGUGCAUUGGCCGGCGUCAUAGGGGGCUCCGUGAGCGAUAGUAGCAACAAUGUUCGUCCUUCAGGUAUCAGCAUGCAGUGGAGCUCUCUCAAGACUCCUUGUAUCGAACAUCUCGACAAAACCGAGCCGCCUGCAUUACCUGAAACGUACAUAUAUAGUCUGGUGCUAACUUGCAUCACUAAUAUUUCCGAGAGCUUAGCGAAGUUUGUUCUUCCUCUGACCGUACAUCAUGAAAAUCGGAAUCGGAAGAAAAUCAAGGCCGAGGAGACGAACGAAAACGACACAGACGCAUCCCCAGAUCGAAACGUUCAAAGGCUUUCGAGAACUCAUUCUUUCCGCAAAAAGACUAUACCAGUCAACCCUCUGGACUUGACCGAUCACGCAGCGUACCCCUACGUGCAAAUCUCAACGAAAUUGGUCACGGAAUGCUGGCCUGCAGUCCUUGCAACCUGUUCAACAUUUCUCAAUGCGACGCUUGACGCAGACUAUUAUCGGGCUCUAGUCCGAGCUAUACAGAAAUUCACCCAGGUCGCUGGACUUCUUCGACUCUCAACACCACGAGAUGCGUUUCUCACAACCAUGGGCAAGGCAGCAGUCCCGUCAAACUUGCUGUUGGCUAACGCUGCGUCACCUGUGGGUGAAAAGCCUGGUAUCUUCUCUAAUGCAAGAGGGAUGCUCAGCGUAGACAGCUUCGUGAGUCAAGCUUCCUCAAUGUCCACUGAUAAAAACCGGCGCCCUUCACACGAUGUGUCAGCACCUACACUGGGACCUCGCAAUCUAUUGUGUCUACGGGCUCUGCUCAAUUUGGCAAUCGCGUUGGGCCCGACGCUGCAAUCAGCCUGGUCCAUCGUCUUUGAGACGCUUCAAGUAGCCGAUCUAGUGCUAUCCUUGUCCAGCCAGACUAGCAGUCGUGCAUCUGUAUCUGGAAAUCGUAUGGAUAUGGAAACCAACACGGAGAAGAUGGAGGCAGAAACCUCAGCUGUGCAGAGCGCCGCUCGCAGGCUUUUCGAGAGUACUGUGGACUUUCCUAACGAUUCCUUCUCCGAGGUAUUGCAAGCUCUUUGCUCACUCCUCAAUGGUGUAUCGCCAUCAGAGAGCGGGCAAAGAACGCCGAUCACUUCUGGCCGCCCCCAGAUUUUGCAUCAGCGGCGGCUUGGUAGCGUAUCUGGAAUAUCUCUUAACACGGAUGCAAACUCCCGCGAUUCGGCGUUCGCAUUGAACAAAAUCGGAGAGUUGGCUUCGCUAAACGAAAGCAGAUUGUCGCAAUAUGAUCCCGCAGAAAGUGGAUGGGAUAUCCUGAUUCGAGAAGUUGUGCGUUACUCUACCGACGGUCGAAAAGCCACAUCUACGAGGCUGCUGGCAGCCGAUAUUCUAGCUAGGACGGUCAGGGAGAUUGCUGAGCUUUCCAUGUCCGAUGAGCAGCGCGAAGAAAUCCAAGCUCGCAUACUUGCUGCAUUGCAAAAACAGAUUACUGACCUCCAUCACUAUGAUGGUAUCAGCAAAGACACGAUCACUGAUACGGACAUACGCGUUCACCAGAUAGCUCUUGACGCACUCAAAAACGUGAUUGAGCAAUGUGGAGAGUCGCUAGUUGCUGGCUGGACCUCUGUCAUCGAAAGCUUGAUGAGCGUCUUUACUCAUCAAGCAGCACCAGAACAGGGUGCUAUGAAAGGUGUCGAUACCUCAGACCUCAGCAAAAGCACUAAUCCCACUGUAGACGUUAUCUCAAGGUCUCUUGCUCGAUCCGCAUUUGCAACAGCCAACCUCGUUUGUUCGGACUUCAUGACCGCUGUUCCGGAUGCUUGCCUCUCGACGCUCCUAGAACUUUUGCGCAGGUUCUGCUCCCAGCGAGAGGAUUUGAACAUGUCACUCACUGCGAUUACCUUCUUUUGGAACGUGUCCGAUUACUUGCAGUCACGGACCGACCUCUCUUUACUGACGAAAGUUGUUUCUCAAGCCAGUGACAAGGAGCAAGUUAAACGAGAUCAACGACCACGCAAAGACGAUCUGAAAGAAUGGGAUGAGACUACGAAAGCCGUUCUCCAAACCGUUACCGUCCUCAACACGCUUUACAUGGAAAAGCUGGAUAGGUCCCAGCUCGGUGACGCAUGGUCAGAGCUACUCGAACUCUUGAAACGCUACUUCGAUUACCGCUCGCAUGCCUUAGGAGCUUCGGUAUUUCGUACAAUGACUGGUAUCCUAUUUCAGGCCGAAAACGCCAAUGUGCUGGGCACGGAUCCUCUUCUCAAAACUGCGGCAGUGUGGAGAAGCUACUUUCCCACUCCAGAUGCUUGGCAAGACACACACGAAGAGGAUAACCAAGACGCUUUUGUAGCAUAUGCAGAGGCUUUCAAGGCAAUCUAUCGGCUCGCAGAUGGACUCCUUAUCAAAGAUUUGCCUUCUAUGCUCACGAGUCUCGAAGCCUGCGUUGUCAACUCAGACGAAGUCGCUUACUCGUCAGAUCUGGAUACUAUGACGACGCUUCAAAGUCAGAUCAUGGAAUGCUUGGCGACAGUCAAGACAGAAGGUACUGACAUUCCGUCGUAUCUAAUACGUUUGUUGGGCCGGUUUGUUGCGCUACCGUAUACCUCUUUGGCUGAGUCCCCAGAGAAGCGCGGGCCGACCUUUGUAGCGCUUUCGAAAGCAUCAAUGACGCUUCUGCAAGACAUCGCCAUCAGACAUGUUGGGGUGAAAGAGAUGUAUACAAGCAAUGCACUGUCAUUUGCUCUUACCUGCUUAGCACGGCCGAUAGAGGAAAAGUAUGUGUGGCAGCGAGAAGGCAGAGCACCGACUCUGUGGCAAAAGGCCACUGCGACAUCUACAGCAAUACUUGAGUCAGUGUUGCCACAUAUUGAGUCUAGUAAAGAUAUUUGGACCACAUUCGUCGACAUCGCCUACUGCAUUACGCGAGCGCAAUCGUUGCCUAGUGCUCAGACUUCGCUCUGGAAAGAUGAGCAGUUCGACAUACAAUCUUUCACUCACUUUCGCAACCUCAUCACGCUACCGCUCGGCUCGGCUUCGCUGCCAGAUAGUCUUCGACGUACAUACGCUCGCAAUCUCUUCUCCACAUCUUUAACCCAUAGCCCUCUACCGGGAGAACUGCCUGGGACCGCCACUUCGCCACUCGAAGAGCUCUACAAAAUACGCCUUGGACAGACUGCGGAGCUUGAUUACACAUGGCGACCAGACAUGAGCUAUGCCUGUCUCUCCGAGCUCUUUCGCCUUGUCUCCCUGCACGAUAGCAGUCCGGAAUGCAUCAAGCUAGCUCAAGCUGCGGCUCCAUAUCUCAUUCUAAGGUGCGCACUUCCGCUCAAGACGUAUAUCGCAGACCAGCCACUUCGCGGCCGCAUGCCUGCACCAGAGUCGCAAAGGCGUGAGCUGAUUUUCGUGCUGGAACAACUGGAGAAAUUGAAGAGCGAGCCACAGGCGAUACCUGAUGCCCCGGGAGUCAAAUCCAAGCACCGAAAGCAUCUGCACAGGCUGUACCCAUUGCUUCUCAGAGCGACGAGGGUAGCUAGGCGGGAUGGUGAGCUAAGCGGAUCUUUCGGGCAUCCCCGCAAAGCACAGACAUCGGAGACAUCAGACAGCUCCACACAUCGACUUCUGUCGCGGAACACUGGCGCGCAGGCGGAAUUAACCAUGAGCGCGACAUCGCCAGCGGACAGAAAUACUGCGAGCGAUACGAUGAGUCCAGCGAACGACUCCAGCAGUAACUCGAAGCGGAAAAACGAGAAUGGCGCGCCCACACAGCGCGCGAAGCGCAACAGAUACAUAAGCAUCGCGUGCAACGAAUGCAAAAGACGAAAGAUCAAGUGCAAUGGCGAGACACCAUGCCAACGUUGCGGGAACCUCAACCUGGAGUGCGCCUACGCGCCCAACUGCUGCAACUCGUUCAAAGACAGCGACGAAUUCAAGCAAAUGUCAACACACAUAACUUCCCUCCAGCAGCAGGUUGAUGACCUGUUCCAGAACCUCAACGCGCUCCGGGCUCAGGUCGACGUGCAGAGCAAUGGCUCAAUCGGCACCCCAUUCAACCCUGACUACCAGCAGACGCCCAUGUUACCUCCCCAAUCCGCCCGUUCGCGAUCCAAAUCCUUCAGCAAACACCCUCGUUUCCACGGCCCGACGUCGAAUGCAUUCAAUGUUGGGGUGGCCAGGUCAAGCUUGAAGACCAUGGGCAUAAACGCGGGCGAGGAAGGUGAAGACGAUGGUAUCUUGACCCGCGACGCAACACCAAGAGCGUCCCCUCCAAUACUCCACCCCAUGGUGCCAAAACGCCCCUUGCAUACGGAUAAGGACCCGAUAUGGUCCAUCUCCAAGCACGAGGCUAUGCGCUUGGUACAUGUUUGGCACGAAGAGAUGGGCACCAUGUACCCUAUUCUGGAAGUGGACAAAUUGUUACGCUAUGCCGACAUGUUGUUCACCUUUGUAGAAGCAGCGGCUAGAUCGGGUCUGAUACAAGGCUCGUAUCCUGGGUCAGAUGCAAUGGUCGAUGAACAGAUUAGCGUAUUGAAGCUCGUUCUCGCAAUAACACUGAUCCUCGAAGGCGGAGGAAAGGACCCCUUGGGCGAGAGACUCUUCGAGAAUGUACACAAGAUCGUGGACAAGGCCUUGACCGAUCCUGUCAGCCUCCAUGGAAUCAGCCUGUUGGUGCUGACGGCCAUGUAUCACUUCACUCGUGACGAUGAAGCUAUGGCCUGGCGCGUCAUUGGCCUAGCUGCGCGACACUGUCUAGAGUUGGGCUUACAUCGUCGCGAUACGUACUUGGCUCUCUUCCCCGAUCCCGAAGAGCAAGCAGCAGCAAUUAGGACUUUCUGGACAAUCUACGUGCUCGAUCGUCGUUGGAGCUUCGGCACGGGGAUGCCUUUUGCUCUGCAAGACGCGGAUAUUGAUACUAAUGUGCCGAAGCCAGACAUAUCUACACACGAGUCUACGCCGUAUCUUAACGCCAUGAUAUCAUACUCGGUCAUCGGCUCGAAGGUAUGGAAGUCUGUCGCCGAUGUAGGACACCAGGACAAGAUCAACAAGGAUGACAUAUCUUUCCUUGACUUUCAGGUUUUGAACUGGCACCGUACUAUACCGGAGUCAUUAAAGUUCGUUCACCCGGACAGCGGUAGACAGGUCGAACCUCCUGCACGAGUCGUCCACCGUUUACAGGUCGUGCUCUACCUUCGAGCCAACCAGAUGCGAAUACUCAUCUACCGCCCAGUACUACAUACCGCAACUACCAUCAUGGAGAAUCUUGAAUUUGCACACGUUGUAGUCAAGGUCGCCAAGGAUACGAUUCGCAUACUGACAUAUAUCAACCAAACAUCGGACAUCUACAGAAGUCAACAGACUAUGUUCAACUACUUCCUUAUUUCGGCUCUGGCAGUAUUGUUCCUAGCUGUUGCCCAUGCGCCAGCUGAAUUCAGUCAGCAGUCCCGAGACGAGUUCUACAUGGCUCUCGAGCUCGUCCGUGGCCUAUCGUCAAAUUCAUACGUAUCGAAACGUCUCUGGAGAACUAUCAAGACGAUCAAGGAAGUCGGGCCCCGUCUAGGACUCGUCAUACGUAACGACGACACCCAUGACGCACAUUCAUCGGCUGCUGUUGCAAUGGCAGGUCUUGCAGGUCACUCGAUGGACGAUCUAGCCCUCUUCUCAAACGGCCGUAACGGGUCUAAUCUUGAUACACCGCAUGGAAUGGCUAGUGAUCUGACGACCUUGUUCGAGGCUGCCGGAGGUAUCUUCAACCUCAACGGCUUUGGAGGGACAGCGAAUGAACUUCCCAGCUCAAAUGGGGAGUUUGUGAAUGGGUUCUCACAUGAGAAUGACGAGCUGGCAAGGAUUUUGAGAGAUUUGUUUUGA